UCUAGUACCGAAUCGCGUUUGCUUCUCACCGUUUCGUUGAUGAUUUCUUAUGAAUUGCCGCGUGCGUGCAAAAAACGUGCCGUACGCGUUUUGAGGUCGUAUCUAGUCUUUUGCCGAUGAGUUCUGUGUUAAGUGUGAUAUCACCAAAGAUAAAGCAAAGUUAAUAACCAAAAAUUAUAGUUCUUAAAAAGGAAUAACCAUUUUUUAAAUACAUAGGUAGCGAGAGCCAAAAAUCGAUGAAUGCAUGAAAAAACUGGUCCAUGCCAUUUUAUAAAGACGUCAACGUUGUCGCGCGGUCACGGCUUCAAAACUUUUGUUAGACAUGGAGGGGAAGCAUUCAUGCUCGAUGACAUUUCGAAAUUAAUUAGAUAUGAAUAUCAGGCUUUCGGAUAGGUCGCAGUUAUGAGUGGCGGCUGCACAAUUUCGCUCCAGUGUCGGACACUAAGGUCGCGGUGAUAGUUCCUGCUCGGGCGGCCCUUUGUCUAUGCCGAUUUGACUUCUUCGAAUUUGUUGGUUGUUUUUUGCGUUCGGACGUUUUCAUCAGUGACGAUGUGUCGACGGAGAAGGAAGUUUGGUUUAUUGCGAAUAAUAUAUUGAGGAAUACAUGAGGCUCCUCUUAUACGUCGGAUGAAGUAAAUUGGGACAUCAGGACCAGGAUAGUGGACAUAAUUAAGUGUUUUAAUCUAAGUGAGUUAAGCGGUAGUGGAGAUGAAAGAAUGCAGCUCUAGUGAUUUUUAAUGUGAUUUAGUGAAACCAAACUCGGUGUCGAAUAUUUGCUGUGAUUAAUAAAAUUUAGCAUGAGUUCUUACUUUACAAAUUACAUGCCAGACAUGAGAAAUGGUGGUGUUGUAUCGGCUGAGCAUCAACAUCAGCAUUACGGAGCCGCUGUUCAGGUGGCUCAAGGUGGAGGACCAGUUCAAGGCGAUCCAAACUCCUGCUCAGGUGAUCCCUCCGUGGUGGGCCUGCGACAAGGAAUCCCGCCUCACCACUAUGGCGGCCCACCGGCAGCGGGGCAACCUCCCCAAGGAAUGCCCUACCCGAGAUUUCCACCGUACGACAGGAUGGACAUCAGGAACGCGGGCUACUACAACGCCCAGCAGCAGCAGCAGAUGGACGGCCAGUACAGGCCGGAUAGUCCUUCCAGCAUGCAUAUGGCAACGAACGGACCUCCAAACGGACACCAAACCCCUGUCGUGUAUGCUAGUUGUAAACUGCAAGCGGCAGCGGUGACGCAGAAUGGGGUGUUAGGCCCCACUGGUAGUCCACCCUUAGAUAGUGCACAAAGCAUGAACACCCAUCAUAUGGGACACCACAUGCAAGAACAACACCCGCAACACCACCAGCAGCCACACCAUCAGCAACAGCAACACAUGAUGUACGGGGCGCAGCAGACUGCCAACAUGCAUCAGCCUCCUCAGCAUCAAGCUCCUCUCCAGCAGCAACCUCAACCCGGCCAGCAGCCGCCCAAUAAUACGGCUUCUGCGUUACCUAGUCCUCUGUAUCCUUGGAUGAGGAGUCAAUUCGAACGAAAACGAGGUCGUCAAACGUACACGAGGUACCAAACCUUGGAGUUAGAAAAGGAGUUCCAUUUCAACAGGUACCUAACGAGGCGGAGACGGAUAGAGAUCGCUCAUGCUCUCUGUCUGACCGAAAGGCAGAUCAAAAUCUGGUUCCAAAACCGAAGAAUGAAGUGGAAAAAGGAGAACAAGACCAAAGGGGAAGGGGGAUCGGAAGGGGGCGGCGAUGAUAUUAGUCCUCAGGGCUCGCCGCAGUGAACCAAGACGUAUUAAAAACCAUGUACCUUAAUACAUAUGUUAGUCAUUGCAUUUGCCUUUUGCUACCAGCCAAAGGCCUUUUUGGAACCUCCUCAGUAGGGCUUCUUAGAAAAUAUAUCUCUAGAUCAUACCAUUUGCUAGAUCUCUAAAAAAUAAUCUGUUCAAAUUACAAAAAUGAUUCUCAUAAAACAUAAUAAACUAGCAGCAAAUCCUUAUAAAGAUUAUACAGGGUGGUGAAUUGGAAAACGGGCCAUAAGAAACUCAAUGUAAAAUUUUAAACUGUUGAAUUCCUGCUUCCCUAAUUAUUCUACAUCAAAAGACAUGAGAAACUAUUUGUAGAGGAUUGAAAUCUUUAUUGAAAACAAUUGUUAAAAUUGUUCUACGAAUUAAACACAUUCCAAAAUUUUGUAAAAUAUAAUACAUUUUAUCAAAGUAUUUGCGAAAUUUAGGCCACACACCGUGCAAGAAUGUGUAUAAGGUUGCCUUCGGUCACAAUGAAAUUAUUAUAUUAACCUAGAAGGGAAGUUCCCUAGGUUGGCUGUAUACCAUAUAGUUAAAAAACUCUAACAAGAAGUAAAACCACUUCUAUGUAAAUUGGUAUAUUUAUUAAA